AUGACGGACGCCUCUCGCGUGUUUCCUGCUGCUGCCACAGCCCCUGUUGAUCUCUUUGCCUGGACAGACAUUGUGGCGCUUAAUCCGGGGGCCUGGUGGAUCGAGCGAGACAUAUAUGGCACUGUCUCCUCCAUCGACGUGGAAACUCGCGAGACCAUUGCAGAGCAGCGUAAGUCCAGACACGAGCACCCGCAGCAGCAGCAGCAGCAGCAUGUAGCGCAGCAGCAGCCGCAAAAGCAGCGGCCACCGCAGCAGCAGCAGCAGCAGCAGGCACCUGCAGAGGAAGUGCGAAAAUCUCUUCCGGAGGCGAAGCUCGUCACGGAGAUCGAUCCCUCAUUUGAAGACGAUCCCAGCAAGACGCCCCUCGAGCAGCAGCAGCCACAGCAGGAGCACGGUGCCUGGCAGGACAGGACUGCUGCUGCCUCUGCAGCAGCAGAAGCAGCAGCAGCUGCUGCGGCCGUUUCUGCUGCUGCUCAUGCUUCACGUAUUGUUGCUGGUGGAGUUGCUGCUGCAGUGACAGAUAUAGUAAGCGCUCCAUGGACAGAUCUAGAGGCCUCACGCGUUCGAGACCUGGCGCAGAAGGGUAAGCAGCACAGCUAUGCUAGCAACAGCAGCAGCAGCAGCAGCAGCAGCAGCAGCAGAAGCAGCAGCAGCAAAGGGGAGAGUUGUGUCAGCUGCUUUGCAGGAUACCACGUCCAUUGUUCUGCUGCUGCUGCACCUUGGCAGCUGUCCUACUUGUGGUGCAGCGGAGUCCACUCUGUGGGCAGUGAGGCGCUGCAUGCGCUGGGGGCCCUCGAGGCACCCCUGUAUCACUUGAACUGGCCGCAGUACACGAGGUUUGGGGUUACUUCCCCCCUGGAGACACCCCGAGGCCCUCCCCAAGCAGCAGCAGCAGCAGCAGCAGUUAGCAACAGAAGCAGCUACAAGUGUGUCUGCUGCAGCGACAAACUCAAUACACAACUCUGCUGCACUGGCAGCCGCAGCAGCAGCAGGGGCGGCAGCAGCAGCAGAAGAAAGCCACAAAGAGUGGAGACAGCCACAGCAGAGACAGCCGUUACAGACCCAGCAGCAGCAAAGGCUGCAGCAGCAGACACAGCUGCAGCAGUAGCAGCAGAAGCAGUAAUAGCGGCAGUGGUAGCAGCAGCGGCAGUAGCAGCAGCAGCAGCAGUAACAGCAGCAGCAGCAGCAGCGGGCCGCCGCGCUGCGAUAAGAAAGGGGAACACGGCGAACUUCUGGCUGCAGCGGCAGCAGCAAGAGCAGCUGCAGCAGGAGAUACCCUUGCGGCAUCGCCAGCAGCAACAAGCGCAGCAGCAGCAGCAACAGCAGCAGCAGCAGAAUGAAGCAAAGGAUUGCCGGCAUUGCCUUGCCGGCAGCUUUGCUGCUGCUGCUGCUGCUGCUUCCAGACGCUUCAUUGGCGAAGACACUGGGGCGACGAAUAUGGGGCAGCUGCGCAUGUGUCUCAUGCCGGCUGUGGCGUCGGGUCCCAUAAGCAUUGGAGGCGGCAAAGGGCUUCAGUCUGUCUCCGUGGGUGCAACGGUGCCGCUGCAGCUCCCUUUCGGUGCCUCAGCAUUUGCCCGCCUAAAUGCUGAGUUGCCCGUUGACCAGCAGCAGCAGCAGCAGCAGGAGCAGCAAUCGCAAGAGCAGCAACGACAGCUGCAGCAGCAGGAACAGCAACAGCAGCAGCAGCAGCAGCAGCAGAAAGGCGGCGCGACAGUGCCAGAGGAGGAGGGGAAGCAGCUGCUACCCUCGUUUGCAAGCCACCAGAAAGAUUUGCGGCUGCAGCAGCUGCAACAGCUGCAGCAGCAGCUGCAGCAGCAACUGCAGCAGCAGCUGCAGCAGCUGCAGCAGGGCGUAAGCGGCGUGGAGCUGCUCUUGGGUGUACAGACACCUCUUCCUGUUAGUGACGGGGCUCUGAGGUGUCUCGGCACCUUCAGCAAAGGCAAAUCUAAACUUACCUUCGCUGCUUCCCGAGGCAGCAGCGAGUUGGCCGUCAGCACGUGGGGCCUCCGGCUUUUGGGUUUUGCUUCUCGGGCUUGCUGGAGUUUGAAGAGCAGCAAAGCAGCUGUGGAGACAGCUCAUGACUUCGAGAAGGGGGAAGCGUCUGUGCGAGUUGCUGCUGCUGGCCUGACAGGAGCAGCAGGAGACACAGCAGUUCCGACGCUGCUGGGUUUUGAAGUUGCUGCUCGGGGUCCGCUGCUGCUGCGUGCGGGCAGCAGAGCCGAGAGUGAGAAAGCAGCAGCAACAGCAGCAGCAGCUGGUGCUGCUGCUGCGCUUGCUGCGGACGCGGGGAGAACGAAGGCGCAGCAGCAAGCGGGCCCGGAAGACAGCAGCAGCAGCAGCAGCAGCAGCGAAAAAGCAGCUGAUGUGUCUUUAGGCUUUUCUUUGGGCUUCGGCUCCAAGGGCCAGCUGCUGCUGGAGCCGAAGUUUCAUUUAAAGGAAAAGUGA